AUGGAUUUCAUCGGGCAGAUCUAUCCAGCUUUCAGCAAAGGGCAUACUUUCAUAAUUGUGGCAACGGAUUACUUCACCAAAUGGGUGGAAGCAUCGGCAGUAAAAUCCAUAACCUCAGCCACGAUAAAGACUUUCAUCGAGACCAAGAUUUUGUAUAGGUUUGGGGUGCCCGAAACUAUAGCAGAAUCCAGCAACAAAAUUCUGGUAAAUAUUAUCAAAAGAAUGGUGAUGGAUAGUCCGGAAAGGUGGCAUGAGAGGCUAAGGAAUACUCUGUGGGCAUACAGAACUUCCAAAAGGGCAGGAACAGGGACAACUCCCUAUGCUUUAACUUUCGGGCAGGAUACAAUGCUUCCCAUGGAAAUCAAUAUGAGUUCUGUUAGAAUUCAAAAUCAGUUUGGAUUACAUAGUGAAGAAUACAUCGAAGCCAUGUGUCAAGGGAUUGAAGACUUAGACGUGGCCUGA